GGGAAAACUCGGCCGGAGCGAGAAGCGACCUCGCGAGUCCAUGGACAUCUUGACUUUCUUCAGUCCGCGAGUAUAGCUCUUGGGCCCUGAAUAUCUUACAUCCAUGUGUCAAAACAUGUCGACGACAAGCGUCUUGGGGCAAGAGUGUUGAAAGUUUGUGCAACAACCGAACCAUGCGUGCCGAUCCCGCCUUAAAUGCGUCGCGGCCCGGGAUCCCGCGCCCGAGCCCGGCUAGCCGUUUGCGGUGCUUGAGUGGGAUGUGGGUGAGGUGCAUUUGGGAUAUCAUGGACCGUGAAGUGGCGUGGGUAAGGUGGCGUGGCGUGGCGGGGACAGGGCAUGUCGGUGCCUCGGCACGGCGUUGGCAUAGUGGCCAGUCCCGCUGGAUGGGCUUGCAAGGGUGCUGUUCAUGUCGCCGGUGCCCAUCGUCACAUCCCUUGCGCUUCAUGGGGCUCAGCCCAUUUUCCAGCUGUACAAAGCUGACACCCCUUUUCCCGUGACCGGGGAACACUUGUCGGGGGCCUGCGCAAACUGCCGAUUCAUAUUUGUAUUCUGACUUUCCUCAACACCUUAAUACCCCAGAAGGAUUGUAUCUUCAAUUUGCAAAGUCGCCUUGCCGUAAGAGAACGGAUUUGCAGAGGCGCGUUGACUUGUGCGCAGAAUGCGCAUGCAGUGUUACCGGCGACAGCGACGUCAACACUUGUUAGACCCCGACAGCUUUGUGGGCAAUGGAGCGACCAAAGGUGGCGUCCACGCAACGGCCUCCUCAGCUGCUGCGGAGAAGCCUGGCGGCCACGCUCCUUGCAUGUUGGGCUCCCCAGUGCGGACCCCCUUCCUCGCCGACUCACCACCGCUUGCUAGCGGUCGCCCACUCAAGCUCUGAAGUGUGGAUCACGCGUGAGCUGGCAUAGUGGCAAUGGAGGCAUGCCCAGGACGCAGCAGCAGGUAAGGCAGCGUGCGCUUCACUUUUGUUCGUGCGCGCAACAAUUAGGCGCUGCUGGCGUCGGUUUACGCAGCAUGUACGCGUCCAAGCCAGAGUAAAACCGAUGGGCAUGUUUGUGUAAGGCUGUCGUGACACAAGGGGAAGUGCUGGUCGAAUUAUAUAUUUACGCCAGCCAUAAAUCGACUGUGCCCGAAGGAGUGGCGCUAGAGGUAGAAGCCCCAUGAAGGUGUGAACCGCCGGCUGCCAGGCGCCCACGCGGCCACGGUAUGCCCAGGCGUAACGCAUGCUCUGCGACUGAAGGAACCUUGGUGGCAUUCCGACAACUUGUCAUCAAACGGACAAUUAGCUUGCCCCUAGGGCUAUUUGGUGUCGCGGUCAGGGGGACGCUGCGGGGCAAGGCUGCAAAUUCCCAGCCAGCAACCGCACGUUGCGAACCCGUAUACGCUUUUGAAAGUCUUUAUUCCUAAAGCGGAUUUGACAGCAGGUUUGCUACACGCAAAUAAUUAUUUAUGCUGCUGAAUUUCAACUUGACUCGGCUUGGCGCGUUGGGCGGUUGCUUAGGGUUGUUGAGCGUGGAAACCACGACUCUCCCUCCCGAUGCGCGCGCAGCCUGCUUUCGGCCAAAGCCAUUGUGGAUUGCGCAAGUGGUAGAUACCACAGGAGAGCGCGCGUGCGGGGGAACGAGGCCGAAUGACAAGAGUUUAAGUUACGGUAGGUUACAGCGGAACGAAAACGGGUUUUCUCGCCCAACC